UAAAAAAUUCAAUUGCAGAGAAGAAAUGAUUCCAGAACAAUGGGCGCCUCCAUGCAACUCUCAUGCACCCACAAAUACGCUUCUCUCGUUCAAAUUCCAUGGAGAGUAUUCUGCAAAAAGGGAUGUGAUGCUGAUGGUGACACAUGGGACGAAUGUGUGGGAGAGUGCGACGAGAUAUGCUACAAAGACCCUGUCCUCAAGGACAAGCAGUGGAGCGCCUAUAUUGAUCGUUCCCCUGGUUCUGUCACCUACUCAGAGGAAUGCUUUCGUGCUUGCGUAUCUGGCUGCAGUUACAAGUUCGAUAUUCCUGAAGAGAAACUCAAAGAAGUUCAUGCACGACCAACAAAGCCUCCACCGAUGCCACCUGCUGCUGAGUCCAGACCCACUCCCGUAUCCAUUCGUGUAGGAGAGAUGAGUUUUGAGCACUUCUGCGUAAGCAUAACUGGACAACACUGCUGUUUGAUUCUUCACUGGAAAUAUCUCAACGAGGCAUCAGACAUUAAAAGUAACAUUGUUUAG